GGUCUUUCAGUGGGAAUGAAGGGAUUCGUAUUUUAAAUAUAAAUAAACUACAUGUUCUCACUGCACGGAGCAAACUGCCACCGCCUGCAUUGCCGACUGACACUGUGACAGGGUUGUGGGCUCCGGGUUGGGGGUGGUAGACACAGGCAGCUGCACGGCCACCGCAGGGUGCAGGACCCGGUGACCUCUGGCCGUGAGCUAGCAGCGACCUGAUGGAGCGAGUGGUCGCCCACUCCGGCCCGCUGCUGGCCCGGGGCGCCGCGCUCGGCUGGCAGCUGCUACAGCGGCGGGCCCUUGGCAGCCGGGCCCAGCGGCAGCUACUAGGCCGCAUCCUCCGGGUGGAUCAGGCGGGCGAGUUCGGCGCCAUCCGCAUCUACGCGGGUCAGAUGGCCGUGCUGGGCGGCUCCGCGGCCGGGCCGCUCAUACAGCAAAUGUGGGAUCAAGAAAAGGAGCAUCUGGCAAAAUUCAAUGAACUGAUUGUUGAUCACAGAGUUCGACCAACCCUGCUGAUGCCGAUCUGGAACGUUGCAGGCUUCAUGUUGGGAGCUGGAACAGCUCUUUUAGGGAAAGAGAGUGCCAUGGCCUGUACUGUAGCAGUGGAGGAAACAAUAUCACAGCAUUAUAACAAUCAGAUCAGGGUGUUAAUGGAAGAUGAUCCAGAAGGACACAAAGAUUUACUUGAAGUGUUGAGGAAAUUCCGAGAUGAAGAGGUGGAGCAUCAUGACACAGGACUGGCUCACGGGGCAGAAAUGGCACCUGCCUAUUCGCUAUUGAAGAAUGUAAUCCAAGCUGGAUGCAAGGCUGCCAUCUACAUAUCUGAACGCAUUUAACACUUCCCCCACAGGAUCAAUGAUUUUCCGUACAGUCUAAUAUAGAUUGUCAUACAUAAUAAAACAGUUUAAUGUCAACUGACUGACAUUAAUCCUGCAGUUUAUUUCACUCAUGGAAGUGAAUGUGUCUAUAUGUGCAGGCUUUAUUCUUGGUGGUUACUGCCAUCUGAUGAUUCAUUGCAUUUGCAUAAAUGCCCCUUGCUGCUUAAAUAUUGAGGACAUAUCCAUUUGGUCAAUUCACCACAGCUCCAGAAAUGAUAGACUGAAUGUUCUGAUGAGAUGUGUAUGUAUUCUCACAGAAUCAGCUGUAGAAUUCCUCAGUGUUUGGUUAUUAAUCAUUCUGAGGUCCUGCUCGGCAAGUUAAUCCAAGCCGGGCAGUGGGUCAGAGAAGGAAAAACUGAUCAAGAGUUUUUAACCACUACUUUAAUCUCAGGUCAUGAUUUCAGAGAUAGCUAUCAGUUUGCUUGUCCAUACUGAGUGCCAGGAUUUAAGUUAACAAUAGUUAUUUAUGAGAAAAUCUGGAAGCCAUACCUGAAUCAAUUCUGUAUCUUUUAUACAGCAGUGGAGUAUAUUACAGAUGAUAAAGGGGAGCUCGGCUCAUUUUAAUUUACAUUUCAAAGGAUCAUUAACAAUGAACAAUUGCAACAAAAUAAUAUUGUGUGUGGCCAAGAGGCAAAUGUUGAAUCUUUAACUAAUUAUUUAAUAUGUUAUUGUUGUGUCUUUUGGAAAAUGUAGUUAUUAAAAUACACCUCCACUUAACUUCAAGUAGUUUAAAGUAUGUACAUGUAAUUCUGAGCUGUAGCUGCCGGGGGCAGUAUACAAUAAAUUGAACAGAGGUUCGUUCUCUACCCUGUAUUUAAUGUUGUAAGUUUAACAAUAUCUUCAUUUAGCCACAUGCUACAGCAGUUUACUUCUUUCUGCUCUCAUUGGCAUGUAUUUUUAACAAUAGCCUAAAUAAUAUGUAAAUUUUUUAAAGCAUUUAUUUGUAUGACUGAGUUUCAGUUCUAUGUAAGAUUUCCAUAUUUACUGAUGGUACAAACUGUCAGCAACGCAUGUAAUCAGGUCGUUUGUUAAUCCGGCACACAUGAUGCCAGACUAGCAGCUUGUCGUCUGGUCUGUUAAUUCAGUUGUUUCCAAAUGUUACAGUGUGGAAUUAUAAUGUUUCCAGCCACCGUAGUAAGUUAGAAGGGGCUGAGGAAACAAGGGGCCAGGAAGUGAGAGUUGGAACAAGAGCCGGGUAAGUUUAAAGGUAGCACGACAGUGGAUUAUCAGAGUUUUACUGUGGCCAGACUGAGUGUGUGUGUGCGUGAAGAUCUGACAAAUAAAAAUACAAAAGGCCAUCUUGCUUCUGCAGGAACUCUAUUCCAUGUUCCCAAUUCUCCGUCUGUUUCCAUGUGUUCUGAUGACACCAUCUUUAAAAUCAGUGCUUCCAAAGUGCCUUUCCAUUUCUUCCCAGGGUUUCCCCUUCACUACAGUCGGCAGCCUUUUGCUGUGUCCGGGCAACAGAUAGUAGAGCUUCUGCCUUGGCCCUUGGUUCAACCAUGACCAUGGAUGCUGUAUGUGGAGUUUGCACGUUUUCUCUGUGACCACGUGGCUUUCUUCCGGAUGCUUUGGUUUCCCACAUCCCAAAGAUCUGUUGGAUUAGUUAAGUGGCAGCUACGAAUUCCCCGAGUGUUACAAUCUGAGGAAAAUUUGAUGAGAGUGUGGUGAAAUUCUUUAAAAAUAGGAUGAAAGUAAUUUGAUGGUCCGUGUGUACUCGGUGUGUCAAAGAGCCUGUUUCUGUGCUGCAUCUUUCUGUGACUCCGAUACAUGUUUCUCAUCCUCCCUUCUCAUUCCAGCAAGAAUAUGAUUCCUUUUCAAUUUCCUUUCCACCCACCUCCAAUCAGUUUUUGCAAAUACCGACCUUCAGCAUGAUGCCACCAUCAAUCACAAUGCCUUCCAUGACCAACCUGCUCCCUCUGAUAUGAACCACUCAAGUCAAGGAAUUCCAGGCUUUCUGAGGAUUCCCUGUCCAAAUGGUUGAUCACUUUGCAAAGCACCUCCAGGCUUUCUAUCAGCACAACCCCCAGCAUCUUGCUGGCAAUCACCU